AAAAACACACGGAAACUACCAAGUUUCAAAGUCACUGACAAACAAAAGCGCGCACGCGCGCGCGCGCACACACACGAACUUCGUCUACAAACACGUCUGCACCAUGUUCGCCCUCGCUCUCAUCCUCCUCCUACAACUUCUGCUGGCUAGCUAGCUGUUGCUGGCUUGCUGCUGCCGCUUCUCCUCCUCCCUCCCCUGCCCUCGACAUAUCAACUGUCACGCACGCCAAUGGUGAGGAAGCUACCAUUGAGCUCUCUCUUAUACACCAUCAACUCGGCCAAAGAAUGUACUACUACUCCACCGUGUCCACCUCCCGCUCCGGAGGCCACCGUGGCACAGGCAUGGAUGUGGCCUUCUUGCAAGCACCCAAGAACCCAUUCCUCCCGCCGCACCCCGGCAACAAAGAACCUCUUGGUCGAAUCCGCCGAGUCCUCCUCCUCCUUCACCAACUCCUCCUCCGCCCGCAUGCACCACGACCACGACCAAGACUUGGCCGCCUCCGACAGCUGCCUCUCCACCGAGGCCUCGGCUUCUGCCGAAGACAUGGCCGACGCCAUAGUCCACGGCCUCCGGUCCGACCGCCUCCGCUUCGAGCCCCGCGCGCCGUCAAGCUCAAUCCUCGAGAAGAAGCCGCCGCAGCCUCCUCCAAUGGCGCCGGGGCCGGCAUCAUUUCCUGGCGGCAGCGCGUUGGCGUUGGAGUCCGCGGACCCGUACGGGGACUUCCGGGCGUCGAUGGAAGAGAUGAUGGCGGCGGCGCACGGCGCGGGCGAGUGGGACUGGGACUGGCUGGAGAAGAUGCUGGGCUGGUACCUCCGCUCCAACGGCAAGGACACCCACGCCGCCAUCGUCGCCGCGUUCGUCGACCUGGUGGUCACCAUAACCGCCGCCGGCUCCUCCUCCUCCGGACACUCCUCCUUCACGCUCGCCACAGGGAGCGAGCUGGAGAGCAGCAGCGGCAGCGCCGGCGGCAAUGUCUCUUUCCGCUUGAGGUGAACUUUUCAGCUGCUCCGGCCGUGUGUACUGCUGCUUUCGUGAUGAGUGUCUCGAUUAAUUUUGUCAUGUGUGUAAGUUUGGCAGUACUACUCCGUACGUGCCAGAUUAGUUAAUCAGCUAUAGCCUCUGGUUAAUUGCAUGAUGGCUCACGCAGUCACGCUUAACUUGGUC